AUGGCCAUUUCCUUCUCAACAUUCCUUUCUUCUACCCUCCUCUUCUUCCUUUUCUCCUCUCUCACCACCGCUAAAACGCAGCGUUUCGCGCGAGUCAUUUCCCCUUCUUCGCUGGGCCUCGACCAGCCGCAGAAGCUCACCCACCUCCACUUCUUCUUCCACGACGUCGUCGGCGGUCGCAACCAGACCGCCGAGCGGGUCGCGGCGUCGCCAGCCACCAACAAGUCCCCGACGAUGUUCGGCGCGGUGGUCAUGAUGGACGACCCGCUCACGUUGCGCCCGGACGCUGCCUCCACGCUGGUCGGGAGGGCGCAGGGGAUCUACGCGUCGGCGUCGAGAACCGAGCUGGGGUUACUGAUGGCCAUGAACUUCGCGUUCACCCAGGGAAAGUACAACGGGAGCAGCCUGGCCGUGCUGGGGCGGAACACGGUGGAAUCCACCGUGAGGGAGAUGCCGGUGGUGGGCGGCAGCGGACUGUUCCGGUUCGCCCGCGGGUAUGCGCAGGCCAAGACGCAUUCUUUUGGUAUGUUGGAAGCUAUUGUGGAGUAUAACGUUUAUGUGUUCCAUUAUUGA